GGAAAAACAUUAUAAAUGACAAAUUAAAAAGAGUAAAGCAUAGAGAAUCCCUUACUUCGCUUCUUUGCCAAGCAAACCACAAACACCUCUCAAUUUCAUUCAUCUUCCUCCUUCUCCUCAAGCAAAGUCUUCACUUCACCCAAAAUGUCAAAUUCGACUCACCGGAGAAGAGUUCCGACUCCGGUCGGAAAUGGAAGCCGGAGCAUCAGGAUGAGACGGACGGCUUCCCGAUGCGUUUCUAAUAAAAACCGUUCAAAACCGACUAAUCAGGUCUUUGAGCGAAGCUUCUCCGAUUCGAGUCUCAAUCGCCGUCGCGACGGAGACGGUACUUGCAUGCGUCGAUCCUUGCCGUUGAGUGGCUUACCGACGGAAGAAUAUGGUCAGAUCGUCUACUUGCCAAGAAUUCGCUCUGAGGUUAUGGCUUCUUCUCCGUCGUUGUUGGGCUUAUCUUCGCCAUCGUCUCAAUUUCCGACCAAUCAAGAGGAAAAUAAAAGAGAAGCAACAAAAGUUGUAAUCAACGUAGCAGUUGAAGGAAGCCCUGGACCUGUAAGAACUAUGGUUAAAUUGAGCUGCAAUGUCGAAGAAAUAAUCAAAUUUGUCCUGGAAAAAUAUUGCGAAGAAGGACGGACACCGAAACUCGACAAAGGUGCUGCCUAUGAAUUGCAUCAAUCUCAUUUCAGCAUCCAGUGUUUGGAGAAAAAGGAAAUAAUCGGAGAUAUAGGAAGUAGAAGCUUCUAUCUUAGAAAGGGAGCUCAUGAAACCGGAGUUUCUUUGGCCGGAAUAACUCCGACGAGAACGAGUUUUAUUCCCUCGUCUAAUAUGAUCGAAUCGUGUAUCGCUCAGUUUAUUGGGAAAAUCUUGAGGAGAACGAGAAAGUUAUGGAACAUAUUGGUAUGUACGCAAUGAGAUUUAACCAAAGUACGUACACUUUUGAGCGUGGCACAUAAUAAUUAGCCUAUGUUGCUGCAGUCUCAUAGAAUAAGGUCGUUUUAUUAUUUAUCAAGAUUGUAUUAUAUUCUAUAGAUUGCUAUACUAAUACAUAUACUUGCAAGUUGUAACAGUUAUGGUUUGUAAGUCGCACUCUGCACGAUCUAGUGGACAAUUAAAUAAGCAGUAUUACUGCAUGCGAUGGGACA